GCUGUUGUCUUGUAAGUAUCACAGCUUUAGAGCGGCUCUGUUGCCAUGGUGAAGAUUAUCAAACAAGCGUCAUCAGUCUGCGUGGAUAAACCGGACAAAUACAGCACGACACUCCCGCUUAAGAGAUCCCUGAUGUGUGAAGGUCCAUCAUACAUUUGUGGGCCCAUCCCACCAGACCCUUCUUUCUUCCCUGAGUUUUACGGACGACCCGCUUCAGCUCGUGCCCGUCUGGAGGGAAACCAGCAGGACAGUUUGCCUCUGUUUUUGGGUCCAUUAGCUCCUGAUCCAGGUCUUCACCCUGAAUCCUACAGCGCUCGUCCCCCCACUCGUCCCCCACACAUCAAUCCCAAUGCCGCGUAUAUUCUCGAAAGAGGUCAGCGAGGACUGGUGGGGGAGCUCCUCAGACUGGACAGCGUCUCUUUGAUGUGUGUUCCAAAACAUAAAAAGAAAGUUCAUGACUUCCAAAAGGACAAUGUCUGCCGGCUCAGAGAAAUCCAGAGACGCUGCAAAGAGCUGGAGGCUGUAAAAGCACAAUCCGGUCCAGUUCCUGUUAAGGCUCUUUGGACCUCGCCAAAGUACCAGAAUGUCCCGUCGAAGUUCAUGACCCAGCCACAGGUAGCAAGUCCAACUGUGAAACCAGAAUGCCAAAACUUUCUCAAGGGUCACUCCGCUUCACUCACCAGAACUCAGUCCAAGUCUCAAAGCCGCCCUCCUUCUGUCUCUUCGCUGGAUCAGGAUGAACAACUGCAGGUAAAAGGUCAAACCAUCAACUUUGUCAGAUUAAACGCACAGGCUGCAGGAAAGACAUCCUUGCAGAGGUCACAGUCACUGACCAACCUCACUGACAAACCGGUGCCCAGCGCUGUCAUCGGCAAAGUGCCUCACUAUAUUAAGCAGAGGAAGAAGCAGUGGCAGAAAGAGGAGGAAGAGAGAAAGAAGAACGCUCUUGACCCCUCUGCUCCACCAGGUCACUCCCUGAUGGCUGAGUGUGACCGAGUGGAAACGCUUCGUUCGCUGAAGCAAGCCCACAGCUCGCUCAUUACCGAGCUGCUUUCACUGCCACUUGGUGCUGACACCCUGAGCGUCCAGUCACGUCGAACUCAUCUGGAUAGCCGACUUUCUGAAAUCGAGGAGGCUAUUAAAGUGUUUUCCAGAGAUAAAGUGUUUGUUAAAAACAAUGCCUAAAUAUUUUAUAUUUCAAACCUUUUAAACCUGCAGUAAGUUGAGACACAUUGUUCUUCAGUUUUUUUGUCUCACAUACUCUUCAUUUCUUCUGUUCCUUAAUUUUAAAAUUGCAUUUGGAAAGUAAACAUUUCUUCCCUGAGGUAGUCUGAGCAUACAGUUGCUGCUGUGAUUUUAUUUUCAUUUUAUUUAUUUUUCUGUGACAUUCUGUGAUCUCAUCUCUGGAUGCAUCUGAAUAUUUAUAAAAACAAAUUGAUUAAAAUCUUUUUUUUUUUGUU